AUCUUCUGGAGAGCUGGCGUAAGGUGACAAGAAAGAACGAAGACAUUUCUCUGCUCUAUAUCGCCUACCAGACUGGCAUGAUGGCCUCGUCCAUCCUGACACCAGGGACAAUCUUCAUGCUUAUUGUUGGAGCUAUUACUACGGCAUAUCCAGAAAUCCCGCUGUUUGGCAGUCUCAUUCUGAACCUGAUCCCAGUUAUCAUAUUUGUUGCCCUCGUCUUUAUGGCCCAAAGUAAUACACAGCUCACGUUCGCAGCAAUAGUGUCAAUCAUCUACUCGCUUCUCAUGAUGAUAGUUCUGGCGGGGCUGGUCAAGCAGAUGGCCGAUUACGGAUUCUGCUCUGUGACCACCAUCUUCAUGGUCACUGUCAUCGGCAUUUUUGCUUCGGCAGCGUUGCUACAUCCGCAGGAAUUUGUCUGCAUCCUGCAUGGCCCGCUGUACUUCGUGUCUGUGCCGAGUAUGUCUGUCUUGCUCAUCAUCUACUCUCUGGGCAAUCUGCACGUGGUCUCCUGGGGUACCAGAGAAGCUGCCAAACCUCCCCCACCCCCGGGCCAGCGGCCUCCGGAAAAGAAACAGGGCACCCUUAAGAAAUGGAUGACCAAACUGUCUGGGGGAAUUGACGUAGAGGAAGGCGUGAGAAGUCUUGGAAGCAUUUUCAGCUGUGUGUGCUGCUCCACGACCGUUGCUGCUCAGCCUGUCACUCCCGCCAACUCACUCGCCCAACAUAUUAUACAGGAACCAGAAGCUCCCGGAGCAAGCGCUGAUGGGAACUCAACUCAAGACCACGCCCCUGAGCCCGUGCGGCGUCCUCAUUGGUUGGAGACUGUGGAGGCCGUGAGAGCCCCGGAGCUACCAGAAAAAGAGACAGCGUUUUGGAAAGAGCUCAUUGGUCAAUACCUGUAUCCUAUGGAGAAAGAUGAACAGCACGAGAAAAAGGUGAAGGAAGAUCUGCUGGAACUUCGUAACAAGACGUGUCUUGCAUUCUUCCUGAUCAACAGUUUCUUUGUCGCUCUUGUGUUGAUGCUGCAGCAAGUUGCUCAGGAAACACCCAACCUUUCCAUUGAGAUCGACUGUCACAUAGAUGGUUUUGAAGGCGAGGCCUUUGAGCCCAUCUCGAUGGCCUUCACCCUGGUGUUUGGCAUCCUGUUAGCCCUGCAGUUUUUGGCCAUGCUCGUGCAUCGUCUUUCCACAUUCCUUCACAUCUCAGCUGCAACCAGCGUUAAAGAGAUCUCUGGCACUAAAGUCCAGGGCGAUUCCCUCUCAGGCAGUGCUUCCAAUCUGUCCUCCGGACUUUUGGUCGACUGGGUCAAGGAGAUGCAGAAGGUCAAGGCCCCGGAGGAGGAAUCGGAAGACUUGCUGAACCGCGACUCGGUGCAGCUGGAUAUUGAAGCGGGAGACGAUGAGGCAGACAAGACAGCGGAGAGAGAGAAAGAAAAAUGGAAACGCUUGCGCUCCAGAAAAACGAUGAGGAAAUCCAAAAAAGCAAGAACUGUACCCAAAACCCUGGACGACCAGUUCACCAAGGUCUUCACAAAGUUCGCCGACGAGUCCAUCUCUCGCAUGCAUCCUAACAGCGGCUCCAUACACAACGGACCCGCCGGAGGCCCCAAGCGCAGAGCCUUCUCUGACGGCGACAACGAAGACCCCGUGGAAGCCAUCUCGAAAGUGGCGGCAACCAAUGACGACUUCCGGAAGACAAUCGCCCGGAAGGCGACCAUCUUGAAAAAGGGUGUCAGUUUCUCCCACGCCGGGACUGGCGUGACAAGACGACGCAGGACCGAGGUGGACAGGUCCAAAAGUAGUCCCAAACGGGUGUCACACGUUAGCAUUAGGCGAGAGAGCAGUAGCAUCGAAGAGGAGGAUGACGACAAGACAGAGGAUUCAGCCUUGUGAGCGGUACGAUUUUGUGCAAGCUAGAGGUUUUAGUGAAGUAUUUUUCCGAACAAACAAAAAAAAAGAAAAAGAAUAAUUAAAAUUGGAGGCAGCGAAGUGAUUUUUAGCACUUAAAGCACAGCAAAA